AUGUUUGCAAUUGUUGCAGCUGGAAAGCUUCCGCAACAAUUUAGUCAAUUCGGGGAAACUGAGUUUUUGUGUGAAGUUCCUAAUAUAGAGUCCGUUAAUCAUGUUGUUAUAUUUAUGACUGGAACCCAGCCGUUCCCCGCUGAUUUCGGAGGGUCAGUAUAUAUACGAUGGCCUCGCGCUAAUGCAGAGAGCAAUUGGCACUACUUGGGAUUUAUUAGUAAUGAUAAACCAAGUGCUAUAUUCAAAAUUACUCAGUUACAUCAAUGCGAUGCCAAAUAUUCCAACGUUUUCGGAGAUACAGCAUAUUCGGGCGAAGUUGGAUGUGCUCAAAUUGGUAUCAUGGUUGAAACAUUGAAAACGAUCGAAGGGAAAGUCACCGAGGUUGAAACGAACGCUUCACAAAAGGCUACAAUGGCUGAGUUUGGCGACCGCAUGGUACGCAAUUUGGUUAACCACGUUGAGUCUUUUACCAUAAAUAUGCCAAAGCCUGAUGGUACAGGGUUUGCCGAUUUCAUUCCUCUCUCAGCUUUCCAACAAUGGUUUAACAGCUUCAGUCGUCGUUUUCAGCAGAAUCCGUAUUUUUGGAAAACUUUGAACAAUGUUUAA